UCGGUUUGACCGUUUUUUGGCCCUCUCGUUUUUGUCUCUUCUUAUCCUUUCCUCUGUUUGCAUCCUCUUCCCCGCUUCCAGCCUACGCUAUAUGACGCCGGUGAUGCGCACGUUCUUCUCUUACACCCGCUUUCAACAUCCUCCAUUUUAACUGUACUUUCGUUAGGCAGAGUAGCUGUUCUCCGCUCUGUGUUGGAAUCUUCCGAAAUUUCUGUACCUACACGCAGAAAGAGACUCACUGCCUUGGCCACUCUAAACCCGUUGAGCUACUGUCUCAAGUUUUAUUUUGGCGAGAUCUGAUUUGCAGCGCUAAAUUUUGCUUUUCUGACUCUUCUUCUUCUUCUUCUUGUGGUAUCUGAGAUGAUUAUGGCAUUUACAUAGGGUUUGAAGAAUGAUUUGAGAUGCUUUGUUAGAUCCGUCUUAGUUAAUAGCAUAUUAUGCAUUAAAAUGGGACGUGAAAUGGUGAUGGAUUCAUGGUUUGGCAGUUUGUGGUCAAAGGGUGCUUCGGUUAGCGGGAAAGCAGAGACAGGAAUUUUGGCAUUUGAAGUUGCAGGGUUGAUGUCUAAGGCGGUCAGUUUAUGGAAUUGUUUGAGCGACAAGGAGUUUGUCAGAUUAAGGGAAGAGAUUCUGGAUUCGGUUGGAAUUCAAAAACUUGUCACUGACAAUGAUGAUCAUGUCCUUGUGGAUCUUGUAUUAAACGAAAUAAUUGAGAAUUUUGGAUAUUUAGCGAGGUCUGUGGCUAGACUUGGGAAGAGGUGCUUGGACCCUGUUUAUCAUCGAUUUGAAAAUUUCAUCAAUGAUCCUUUUCUGAAUGGUUUUGAAUGGUUUGGAUGGGAAUAUAGGUGGAAGAAGAUGGAGAGGAAAGUGAAGAAAAUGGAGAGGUUCGUUGCUGUCACAAUGCAGUUGACUCCGGAACUUGAAGUUUUGGCAGAGCUUGAGCAGACUCUUCGGAGAAUGAAGAGAAAUGAGUCAGACAAAGUGAAAUUGCCCGAUUUUCAGCACAAGGUAAUGUGGCAAAGACACCAAGUAAGAAAUCUACGUGAAACAUCUCCCUGGAUUAGAAGCUAUGACUAUGUUGUUCGGCUUUUGGUGAGAUCACUUUUCACAAUACUCGAGAGGAUCAAAGACGUGUUUGGUCUUCGUCAAAUGGAAUAUGAUUUUCAAUCUCUGACAAGUGAUAUCCUCUCUCGUAGUAACUCUUUUUCUGUGAUUUUGCCAUCUUCAUUAUAUCCUUCUGAGGAUAAUCCAAGUGGUUCCUCCUCUUCAGAUCCUCUUGCUAGGUCUGUCUCAAGGUCAGCUCUAAGUCUAACUGGUGGCAAGAAUAAAAGGAAUAACAAGCAUGUAACCAGACGUUUUGGUACCAUUGGGUCCUUCAAAGGAUGCAUAGUGCACGGAAGUGAAUCCCCCGUUCUGGCGAGCUGCAAGCCAAUUAGUGGCGGUUCUAUGAGGUUUGAUGGUGUUUAUUCGAGAAGCUUAAAAAAAAUGGAAAACUCAGAUACGGGAUGUAAUAGAAUAUAUUUGAAGUUAUCUUUGUCGAAUUCCAAGCUGCUGUUGGCUGCUCCUCCAUAUACACUUGGCGAUGCUGCUUUAGCCCUCCACUAUGCGAAUGUGAUUAUAUUGAUUGAAAAACUAGUUUCGUCUCCUCAAUUGAUUGGCCUUGAUGCGAGAGAUGACCUGUAUAAUAUGUUGCCUACCACCAUAACAACUGCUCUGAGGACUAGACUUAAGCCAUAUGCAAAAAGCUUGGGUUCAUCUGUCCAUGACUCUUCUCUUGCAUCGGAAUGGAGUCUAGCACUGUUGCGAAUAUUGGAGUGGCUAGCUCCACUGGCUCACAACACAACAAAAUGGCACUCUGCUCGUAACUUUGAGCAACAGCAUGUGGUUCCUGGGCCAAAUGUAUUUCUGGUACAGACCCUCCACUUUGCAAACCGGGCCAAAACUGAAGCUGCAAUCAUGGAGCUUCUUGUUGGUUUAAACUAUCUUUGCAGGGUUGGUAAAGAACAAAAAGAAGAAAAAACUUCUGUAGAGUCUUCCAGCAGCCGAACUUAUGGGAGACAUGUUGUCAGCAAAGAUGACAUUGCUGUCUGUAAAUUAUGAAGGAUUUGGCUGUGCUCCAAAGAUUGGGUGCCAGAGGCCAUUAUAUUUGAUGUUGAGAAAAGAGUAAGCAUUCAUGUCUUCUACUCAUUUGAGGUAUUAUUGUCAUGAGCAUGGGUCCUAGUAUUGUAUCCUUACUAAAACAUAUUAGCCACUGUUUGGAUGUAGUGUAUGGAUACAUUAUACAUGUGUUUAGGACAUCCAGUCAAAAUCUUGGAUUAUUAAGGCUUUGAGAAAUGUCCUUGUGUUGCUGGGACCCUAGAUUCUUUUAUUUGUUAACAUAUAAAGUGCCUGACCCACUUUCUCUCCUAAAUUAUAGUUUGUAUUGUAAUAUAGUCUCUAUGAUUGUAAUUUUUAAGGUACAAAUGUAAAAUGUCUUUUACUGUUA